GCUGGCCCGCCUACAGCCUGAGAGAUGGCUGCUGCCUCCGACGCCGUGCAGUUGCGUGCGUCCUGGGCACCCGGGCGCCCUGAGCCCGCGCCCACUCGCUUCCACCGGGUGCACGGUGCCCACAUCCGCAUGGACCCUUCCGGGACGCGGGCCACCCGCGUAGAGAGCUUCGCCCACGGCGUGUGCUUUAGUCGUGAGCCGCUGGCCCCGGGCCAAGUGUUCCUGGUGGAGAUCGAGGAGAAAGAGCUGGGCUGGUGCGGGCACCUGCGCCUCGGCCUGACUGCGCUCGACCCUGCCAGCCUGCCUGCGGUGCCCGAGUUCUCGCUGCCCGACCUGGUCAGCCUCGGCCACACCUGGGUCUUCGCCAUCACGCGCCAUCACAAUCGCGUGACCCCCGAGGGCCAUCCGGAGGCGGAGUUGCCCAGACGACCCCCGCCCCUCCUGGAGGAACCCUAUCUGUGCAUUGAGCAGUUCCGCAUUCCCCGGGACCGCCUGGUGGGCCGCAGCCUGCCCGGGCUCCACAGUCACCUAUUGGACCAGCUCUAUGAGCUAAACGUGCUACCCCCGACCGCGCGCCGCAGCCGCGUGGGUGUCCUGUUCUGCCCGCGCCCUGAUGGCACCGCCGACAUGCACCUCGUCAUUAAUGGCGAAGACAUGGGCCCCAGCGCCCGGGGGUUGCCAGCCAAUCAGCCCCUCUACGCAGUGGUGGACGUGUUCGCCUCUACCAAGAGCGUUCGCCUGGUCCAGGUCGAGUAUGGCUUGCCGUCCCUGCAGACUCUGUGCCGCCUCGUGAUCCAGAGGAGCGUGGUGCACAGGCUGGCCAUCGAUGGGCUCCAACUGCCCAAAGGACUGAAGGACUUCUGCAAGUAUGAGUGAAGACC